UUCGUGCAGGCCUCCAGUUCUUCGAUCGGAUCCAUCGGCGAGAUGCGAUGCGUGGCAAUCAAUGGUCCGCAGGGCACUUGCUUGACACUAUAUAUGACAGCCUGACCCCAACCGUGCCGUGCCCUCUUCUGCCCCGACCCGUCGCCAUCCCAUCCGAGCCGCGCUCGCCACAAGGAAGACACCGAGGCGCCGACAACGGCCUGGCGUGUGUAUAUACACCCUUGACCCUUCCCCGAGCCGGGCCGAGAGAGCACUACGCGCGGCAGCAGCAGCAAGCCAGCAACUUGCUAGCGGGAUGGCGAAGCCACUGCUGAUGCUGCCUCUGCUCGCCGCGGCGUUCUUCCUGGCGGCCGCGGCGUCGGCGUCGGCGCCCGUGCCUGCUGCGGCUGCUACUACUCCGGCGGCGACGCGGACGGCGAACCGCAGCGGCGGCUGCUACCCCCGCUUCUUCGCGUUCGGGGACUCGCUCAUCGACACGGGCAACUUCAUCCACUACUCCACCGCGCCGGGGCCCGUGGCGCGGUCGCCCUACGGCGAGACAUUCUUCCACCGCCCCACCGGGCGCUGGUCCGACGGCCGCCUCGUCGUCGACUUCGUCGUGGAGCGGCUGGGGUUCCCGUACUGGACGCCGUACCUGGCCGGCAAGACCAAGGAGGACUUCCGUUACGGUGCCAACUUCGCGGUGGCCAGCGGCACGGCGCUCAACCAGCUGCUCUUCAAGAAGAAGCACCUUGACGUCGGCGGCAUCACGCCCUACUCCCUCGGCGUGCAGAUCCGCUGGUUCGAGAAAGUGCUCGCCAUGCUUGGCUCCACGGAGCACGAGCGGAGGGAGAUCAUGGCGAGCUCGCUGUUCCUGGUCGGGGAGAUCGGCGCCAACGACUACAACCACCCCUUCUUCCAGAACAAGACGCGGGAGUGGGUGAUGCCGCUGGUGCCCCGCGUCAUCCGCUCCAUCGGGAUGGCCCUGGAGGCCCUCAUCCAGCUCGGCGCCAGGACGCUGUACGUGCCGGGCAUCUUCCCGCUGGGUUGCGUCCCGCGCUACCUCUUCCUCUUCUGCAACAGCAGCACCGCCGACCAUGACCCGGCCACUGGCUGCCUCCGCUGGCUCAAUGACCUCACCACCCACCACAACAGCCUCCUCCAGGCCAAGCUCGCCGAGCUCCGCCGCGCCCACCUGGACGUCUCCCUCGUCUAUGUCGACUACUACGACGAGGUCCUCUCCAUCGUCAGCGCCCCAGCGAGGAACGGCUUCACCCCGGCCACUGCGCUCGACGCGUGCUGCGGCGGCGGCGGGUUCCACAACGCCAACUUCACCGUGCACUGCACCGAGCCGGGCGCCGUGCAGUGCCCCGACCCGUCCAGGUACGUGUCCUGGGACGGUCUGCACAUGACGGAGGCGGUGUACCGGAUCAUGGCGCGUGGGAUCCUCGACGGCCCUUUCGCCGUGCCUCCCAUCGUGUCCAGAUGCAAGACAUACUAGAUGUCUUUCGUCAACGGUGGUUGAGUGCCAAAGGUCAAGUAAUCCGCCAUCCAGCUGCUCAAAAUAAGUUGUGUCUUCCUUGAAUAAGGUGAAGUCGAACUAGUCUGCAAAUUUACCUAUAUAUUGAUAUUUUUUUAGAACAAACUUAUCAGUUGUCAUUCUUGCAAUCGUUUGGUUGUGAGUAUCUAUGACAAAUUUGACAACGACACGCUAACAAAUGUCUUGGAAUGCAAUUCACUUAUAAUAACAUGACAUCAUUAUUAACUAAAUACACCCACUUAUCACAAUAUAAUUAGUUUAAGACAUUGAUCAAUAUUUUCCCUUACUUAUAUAUAUAAUAUGUUUUAUAGAAUUGCUCUAUUGUGAUGAAUCUAGUAUAGCAGUACUAGUAACAAUCUUAUGUUGUUAAACUAUUUAUGUUUAUUUUGCUCCUGAUUGUGAAACCUAAAUGGUUUGAUGUAACUCUUCUCAUAAACAUUCGAUGAUGUCCGUUGACUUUUGAGGUAAACCAUUUUAGUAUUGACCACUAUGUUUUUUGUUAGAAGUAUGCUCUAAAGGUAAUCAUAGAGAUGAUCAUAUUUCGUUGUAUCCAUAAUAUAUUAUGUGUUCAUUGAAUAUCCAUG